AUGCGGCCAGUCGUAAAAACCCUGGUCAAAACCACUGAGAACAUGCAUGUGGGACGCGGAGGCAGGAGAAUGAUGAUGGAUCGGCCAAACGUGGUGCCAAUGGAGAAGGCGAAGGCGUACAUAAAGAGCUCGCUGGGCGCCAGCAAGCCGUCGUCGCCGGCGGCCGACUGCGAGCCGCGCGUCUGCUUCGUGUGCGGCGGCGCAGGCCUAGGCGACUGUUACACCGUGCGCGUGAAGCCCGAGCCGCAGAGCUCGGAGCCGUACUUCCCGUUCCUGGGGGCGCACCCGCCGCCCGCCGGGUACCGCGCCGACGGCGACCUCGACGGCACCGUCCGCUGCUGCUGCGUGUGCUACACGUUCCUGCGCCAGCAGUGGGAGCAGUACGACCGCGAGAACAAGCCCCACGGGCAGCGGUUCUACUGGAUGAAGAGGCUCGACGGCAAGCCCUUCAUAGGCGCGGACAUGUCGUUCCAAGGGGAGUACGCGGCCCAGGUGCUGGGCUUGGGCGCCGAGACGGGGGCCGGGGGCCGGGAGGAGGCGGGCACGCCCGGCGCCGCGGCGCCCCGCGCCCCCGAGCCGCCGCCGCCCCGGCCCCCAUCGGCCGCGGCCGCCCCCAAUUCCAACGCCAACGCCAACUCCAACGCCAACCAGAACGCCCCCAACUCCAACGCCAACGCGGCGGUCAACUCCACUCCGAACGCAAACGUCACCGCGCGACCAAAGGAUCCGGACACGAAUCAUAACGUCAAGUUCAACAACUCGCUAAUGGCGCCGCAGAGGUACGGCGCGGUGGGCGUCGCCGCGGCCGACGAGGAGGGCGUGCUGGACCUCCGGGCGAGGGACCCCUCCGUCAUAUCGGUGGGCUCGCAGCACUCGGGCGCCUCCGAGCCGGUGGGCUACCUCGACGCGGUCAGGUCCACCGUGUCCGUGUACUCGGGCAACUCGAACUCUAGCUCGGACCGCGACAUCCUGGACCUGUCGAUGCCCGACAAGAACUCCAUGACGGAGGUCUGCUACGUCUGCGGCGACGAGUACAAGCGCGGCACCCUCUGCAACCUCAACACGAAGGAGCCCAAGGACAAGCUGAGCAAGCAGCCGUACUUCCCGAUCUUCGGGGAGCAGCACCCGCGGCCGCCCCGCUCGCGGCCCAAGGACGCGCAGGGCACCGUGCGCGCCUGCAGCGCCUGCCACCACCACCUGCUGCAGCAGUGGAACACCUACCAGGCGCGCGGCGUGGCGGCGCACGAGCGCGUGUACUGCCUGCGCACGCGGCCGCCGUCGCUGCUGCCGCCGUCGCCGCUGAGCCUGGCGUCGUCGGGCGAGAAGGGCGAGCGGGCCGAGCGGGCCGAGCGGGCGCCGGCGCCGGAGCGGCCGCCGUCGCGCGCCACGGCCAGCUUCGUGUGCUACGUGUGCGGCGCGCCCGCGCCCAGCUCGCAGCUGCGCCUCGUCUACUGCUGCCCCAACCCCGAGCGCGAGCCCUACUACCCCUUCAUCACGGGCCUCAAGCCGCACCACGACGCCAGCCCCAUCAGCCCCCAAGGCAUGGUCCAGAUAUGCGCGUCCUGCUACAAGAGCAUCCCGCACAAGUACCCCGCCUACGGGGAGAACGGCGAGCCGAAUGCCGCCCACAACAACUCCCACAGCAACAACAUUAGGUUUAAGCCAUACGAUAUGAAGAGUUGUAGUUCCAGUCAAUCGAAUAAGCGGCCCUCUAACGCGCUCUCGAGUAGUCCGCAGAGCCAAAUUAUCUCCGGCGAGAAUGGCAUGGGAUUGUACAGGUGCUACGUGUGCGCCGGCCUGUUCCCGCAGCAGUCGAUGGAGUGGCUCUCGACCACGGCCGAGUACAUGAACUCGCACGCGAUGCACUUCCCCUGCCUCGUGUCGGCGGGCGCGGGCGCGGCGGUGGCCGUGGGCGUGGGCGCCGGGGGGGGAGGGCCGCGCGGGGGGCGCGUGCUGGCCUGCUCGCGCUGCGUGCGCCACCUGGCGCGCCAGUGGGAGCUCAUGGACGCAGAACGGGUGCCUCUGGAGCACAGGAGGUACAACAUCCCGUCGCCGCUACCGUCGAACUCUUCGAUGAACGGCGACCGCAUCAUCCCCACCCCGCCGUCCACCACCUCCGACCGGACGGUCGCCAGCAAUAGCGUCUGCACGUCGAUAUACUGCUUCCUCUGCGGCCUCCACUCGGACUUCACGCUGGCGAGGAUACUCUACGGCCAGCCGCAGGGCAACGCGCCCUACUUCCCCUGUCUCCUCACUCAUCAGAGUCACGCCAACGCCGAGCAGUUGAGGGAGAACGGCUCGGCACUAGUCUGUACAUUCUGUUACCAUUCGCUCUUGAGUCAGUGGAGGAGGUACGAAGCGCUGGGCGGCUACCCGCCCGAGCGGCGGGCCUACAACACCCACGACUACCAUUGCCACUUGUGCGGCAUCAAGACCUACCGGAAGCGGGUUCGGGCUCUGCCCAUCAAGGAAUUCCCGUUCCUAGUCCAAAGGCGGACGGAGAACUCCUUGUUGCUAGAAAACGGUGACUACGCCGUUGUAUGUUUAGACUGCUACGAGAGCUUAAGGACGCAGGCGCAGGACUACGAGCGGCGCGGCGUGCCGGUGGAGAAGCGCGAGUACAACUGGCUGCAGCAGCCGCCGCCGCCCGAGGACAGCGCCGACGUCACCAUCGCGCGCCUGCCCUCCGGCGACCGCUCCGACAAGCUGAUCCCGCAGUCGCUGGUGGUGGGGCGCGGCGGCGGCAAGCGGCACAGCCCCAAGGCGCCGCACGAGCGCCGCGCGCCCAACAAGCCCGACCGCCCCGAUCCAGGUGCGUUCCCGACCUUCAUGCCCAUCUCUAGUUAUAAUUGCUUCAUUGCCAACCUUACACACAAAGCUGACGAGAAU